ACAACCCAAACAAACUCGCCAUCAUACACAACCCCAAACUUUGCAGCUCAGCUGAGGCGUUGGCUGCCUUGCACCACCUCUGUUUGGAGACUCGCUUCUCGCUUGGCAGUUGGGCACCACCACACACUCUUAUCCACACCGGGGCCGCGUGCGUGUGUCCAAACCUUCUCCACGCAUUUCCUUCCCUCCAUUUCCUUCCUUCCAAGAACAAAGCAAGGGGAAGCCCCUCCUCUCUCCCUUGCAGACAAGAAGCAAUGUCUCUGGCUCCCUCCAUCCCUUCCAUCAAGGUGAAGGUGGGAGGCGUCGCGGCCGUCGCGGUCUCGCCUCCUCGCCACCGGGCAUGCCGGUCGUCGUUCGCCGUGAUCAGGAGCUCCAAGGCGGAGGGGGCGCCCAGGAGACCCGCCGCGCCGCCGCUGUCGCCGCCGCCCAAGACGCCGACUCUGUCCACACCUCCGACGCUGUCCCAGCCGCCCACCCCGGUGAAGCCGGCUGCGCCUUCGUCGUCGCCGCCGCCGUCGCAGGAUCCUGAGCCGAAGCAGGCCGCGGCGCCGGUGGCUGUGGCGGCGCCCGCGGCGGCGGGGGCCGUGACGUUGGAGUACCAGAGGAAGGUGGCCAAGGAUCUGCAGGAUUACUUCAAGCAGAAGAAGCUGGACGAGGCUGACCAGGGUCCCUUCUUUGGGUUCUUGGGCAAGAAUGAGAUUUCCAAUGGAAGAUGGGCUAUGUUUGGGUUUGCAGUAGGGAUGCUAACAGAGUACGCAACCGGCUCGGAUUUUGUUCAACAAGUGAAGAUCCUUCUCUCCAAUUUUGGGAUUGUGGAUUUGGACUGAUCGCGGAUGUUUGACGUUAUUGUUCUGUAUAAGCAUGAAGUACAAUGUAUCUUCUUUUAUCCGACAUAUAGAAAGAUCAAUCUUGCACAUUGCUAUAUACUUGACUGCAUUUGUGAUGGCCUGUCAGUUUUUGAUGAAUGUCAAAUCCACUUUUCAGUU